AUGCAGGCGGCGGCGGCGGCGGCGAGCGAGCGAGCGAGCGAGCGAGGUGGGUCCGGCUCAGGCGGCCGCUUCCCACAAUGCAGCGGCGGCGGCGGCAGCAGCAGCAGCAGCAGCAGCGACGGCAGCCGGGUAAGCGGCGGCCAUGGAGUGGGAGGAGGUGGCGUCGUCGUCGUCGUCGUCGUCGCUGGCGGGGGCGGCCGGGGCCUGAGGAGCAGCGAGGCGGGAGAGCUUUCGGGGCAGCGGGCGGGCGGGGUGGUCGGUGGCUGGGCCGGCCGGCCGGCCAGGACGGGGCGAGCGAGCGAGCAGGCCUGGCACGGGCGGGCAGCCGAGCGCGGGCGGCAGCGGCGGCGGCGCAGGAGCCCCCGCCCCGCGGGCCCCGGCCUCCAGCAGCCCCUCAGCAGGGCUGCUUCCCCGCCAGGUGAGGGCGAGGCAGGCGGUGGGGUGGGGUGGGGUGGGGGGUGGGCGAGGGGAUGGGGCUCCACCCCUCAGCCACGCUGCGCAGGGUCGUGGCCUGGUGUUGGCCAGCAGCCACCUAACCUUUGGUGACCUUUGCGCAGCCACCCCAGUGCUGCCACGACAACCGGCCGGGCCGGCGCUAUGGGCACAGCACCCUCAGAACCGCCAAAGACCUGGGGCCGUCGUCACCUGUGUCUCCUUCAUGACACCCGCUGCCCCACUUUUUCCUUCCACAGCCUCACGAGAUCCGGCCUCCGUGGUUGCCACCGUGCUGCCGCCACCGCCAGGACAGGUGUCAUGCUGUCAUUUCCGCCACAAUGCCCUGCACUGUUGCGCCGUGGUGUGGCGGCUUCUUUGGACAAUCUCAUUGCCACCCCCCUUGCUUACUGUCUCCUCUUCUCUAGCAUCCUCCGCGACCCCAUUAUUGCCAUGCUGGUUUUAUAGUCCGCCGCUGAUACUGCUAUAUAAGAAUUGCUGCCAUAUCUCCGUUGGUGAUACCGUUCCAUUGGGUUUUCCCAUAGUACCGCCAUCUUCUUUGCCGCUGUUACCACAGCUUCUCUUGCCUCCCCACUAAUCGCUUCAUCAGUUUGUCUGUGCCAAUUCAACUUUCCUUGUGGCACCAUCAUUGCAGUUGCUUCCCUUGUUUCUUUCACAUCUCCCGUAUCGCUUUGUUUCCGUGUUUUCUCUAGGUCAGGUUUGACAACUCUUCUAUUUCUCUUUACGCUAUUGGAGAACCACCACUACCAGAGUGGUACAUACGUUAAGAGUGCUUGAUGUUGCCACCAUUCCUUUUGUCUUUUGCCUUUUUGGUCAUCCUUGCCAUUUAUCUCAUUACCAUACAAGAAGCCCGUCCAUACUCAUUACUCCUUUUGCUGGUGUUUAUGGCAUUUUCCUUUCUAGCUCAUAAUUGUUGUGGCAUCUGUUUUGCUUAUUAUUGCUUCUGAAAUGUUUUGCAUUGUUAUUGUGGCCUUUGUUAGCACGGUUGACUUUCUUGAUUUCAUGCUUCUUAGAUCUGCAAAUAUUUUGGGGAAACCAUUUAUUUCCCAUUGCUUUAUCUGAAAUUGCCAUCACAAGCUCCACUUAAAUUCUUUUUGUCAUUGAUUUUGAUGUAGUCAUAAAGUUGUAGAGUUGGAAGGGACUCCAAGGGUCAAUUAGUCCAACCCCCUACAAUGCAGGAAUCUCAGCUAAAGCAUCCAUGUCUAUGAUUUUCACUAUUACAGUACUAAAGUAGUUGUUUCUGCUCUCUUUGACAUUCUUCCAACAGUGAUAAUUAUGUCAUUCUAAGCUCCUUUGAUGAGAAUAUCUCUUGCCCUGAUCCAUUUGUGAAGCCAUACAGUAGAUUUUGUGUUUGCACAUGUUAGUCUUAGCUUUUGGCAUUGUUGUUUGAUACAUCACUAUUGCAGUUUUUCUUUUCUACUUCCUUUGUGCAUGUUUGCUACAUUUGAUUCUGUUGCCGUCAUGGUACACGUUGAUGGAUCAUAAUGCUUGGCCAAGCUCCUAUUACCACUCUAUAACAACUGAGGAACAACAGUGCCAUACUAUUGGUAAAUUCAAACAGUAGGAGAGUAUUUGACCACAAAAUUAUUCUUCCUCUUGUUUGUUGUCCUGAGGGAAGUCGGAGCAUGUCAAACUGACAAGAUAGCUCAGUGGCAGGAUAUCUUUAACUCACUCCAUUGAAUACAGUCCUUUUGCAUUGGUUGUGUUCUUAAGCUGAAAGCAGUCUAAAGUAUGUCUGGAUUCCGAAAUUCACUUUUUUGUAUUCAGAUUUUGGGCUAAUACUAAACACGAACUGUCAGACACAGAACCUUGAAUGUCAGAUGUUCAGUUUUGGCUAUCUGAUUACACAUGGUUAGCGCCUAAUCCACAUCAGGAACUGUAUCAGUAAAUUCUCGUGUGAAUUUGGAAGAAGAGUGACUUAGUGUAAGCAUAGCUGCUUUCAUAUUUAUAUCGGUCUUUAGGACUUCACUUACUGUUUCCCGACAAUUUAAGUAUCAGCUGCUGACAGUGGAAUGAGGAAUGGUGUUCAUGCUGAGAGGUGUAAGGAAAAGAAGCAGAGGUAUAUUUUGUUUUAGUUGUGUUCUUAUUGGUCUCCCUGUUCAUCAGAGCAACUGCCUCUGGACCCAGUCAAAGCUCCUGCUGUGGUUUAGAGGUGAGAAUGUGGGGGAGAGAGAGUGAGUUAUGGUAAUGUAUGGAAAGAAAAAAGAAAUUAAAGGAGUAGUGAAGCUACAGAAGCACUGUAGGGUGCUGUAGUCUGUAGGAGGACAGACCCUGAAAACUGCAGUGAUGUUAGUGAAAGCUGUAGGCCCAUAGAACCACAGGCUUUGAUAUUGCAGAGAUCAUGAGCUGUACCAUAUGGGAUCUAUUUAUUUUUUCAGGCAAAACAUGUCUCAAAUGUUUUAAUGUCUGGCCAGCAUGUUUCAUCUUCUUUUUCAGUAAUUCUAUUUCUCAGUUUCUUCCUUACAUUGUAAAAUGCAUUAAUCCAUUUCUCACAUAGUCAGAAUAUUUGUUUUCCUUUGCAGGGCCUUUAUUUUAUUUUGACAGUAUCAAUAAAUGAUUUACAAUGUUCUGAAGAACAUGAAGGUGCAAUAGUUUCUAAUUUGUCCUGCUUUGAAUGUGAACUGGCUUAGGGAUUCAUUUUGAACUUGAAGAUAACCUCUGGUAGAAACAGGAAAUGUUUUACAAGAUUAGUCCAGUGGUUUGGUCAAUCUUAUAUGCCCUUGUGCUCACUGAAAUUUUACUAGCCAUCACAAGUAUGUUCUAAGCUGCAAAUGUAAAACUGCUUCUUAAUUUGCAGAUCUCAUUAGGACAAAGAGAGCUCAGUAGUGUUGGGGUUAUAUUUUAGGGUUUCAGCUUUUAGCAAAUUGUUCAGAGGGAAAUUGCAUCCUAACCCCCCAAAAUCAUCUGUAGUUUCGUAUAUGCUAUCCUUUUGAGAGGUGACAAUAUGAAAACUUGGAAGGAUAGAUUAUAUUACAAACACGUUGCUUUGGUGUAUCUAUUCUAAACAAUGCAUAUUUUGUGAGUCAGCACUGAAAUCCAGUCUGAAGUGGCAAUAUUCCUAUUGAUUACUGCAGAGACCCUUAAGUACCGGUAAUUUACUUCAGAGAGUCCUGUUUACUUCAGUUAGGGCUGCUGUGCAUUAAACUUUCAGGGUUAAGACCCAAAGUCACCAUCUACACAUUUACUUCUUAUCAAACACCAUCUGAUUCAAUAUUUAUGCUUGCUAAUACAGAUUAGAAUCAUAGGGUUGGAGGGGACCUUAUAGGUUAUCUUGUUCAACUCCUGCUUGAUACAGGAAUUGCCAUUUCAUUUUGACUACAAACUGGGAGCAGGGCAAAAUGCAACCUUAUCUUUCCUGGAAGCCUAGCCAUCCUGAUUGUAACAAUUUCCGGAAGAGUAUAUCUGUGUUGUUUUUUGUUGCAAGAGACUUAAGGAUUGUAUUGACUCUUAGCUGGUAACACUGAAUAUUUUCUUCUUCCUGUGACGAUGUGGAACAACUGAUUUGCUUAAGUGAGCUGCAUUGGUUUUAUUAAGCUCAUUCUUUGCCCUUAUAGACACCUCUGGUGUGGUGUACCUUGAACACUCCAAUUGUGUAGUGCAGUAUCGGCAUGAUGUGGGCUACUUAAUAUAUUUUGGAUAGCAGAUACUGCCUCUAGUUCUUUCUAUGUUUGAAUUAGACAGGUUGAGCAUUAUGUGAUUCAGGAUGGUACUGGCUUAGAUUGUCAGCCUUCCGCUCUACCCAUGACAGUGUUGUUGUAUAAUAGGCAAAAAAUUCCACAGGUGAGGUGCAUUUCCAUGCUUUUGAAUUUUGUUUUGUUUUUCUGCAGCAGCCCAGAAAAAAGUGGGAAGCCCUAACAGAAGCACUAAAAGAAAUGCAUAUUGUGCGUAAAUGAUUGCAGGAAAAAUACAAAUGUAGAGGGGGAGAUAUAAUUGCAAAGCAAUCAAGGAGUUCCUUAGUCUUAACUAUGAAUUCUGCCUACUUUCAGUGCCAUUCUUAGCCAGUGUUAAUCACAGAGAUGCAGUAUAAAUGGGGCCACAUUUGGAGAAGGGGACAGCCCCUAAGUGAGUAAUCAUAUUUCUGGUGUAUUACCUGCCAAUGCUUGAUGUAAAUCGCUAGUUGCCUGUGGCAAGUAAUGAACAGUCUUUAAGCUGGGAAAGUCCACAAACAUUUAUCCUUCUUCCUUGUAAGUGAUUAACAAAUGAUUAACACUGAUACUUAUUUUUCUUGCCUGCCUAACCACAUACAUGUAUGUAUUUUGGAUUUCAGUUCUGUAAUCAUUCUUUUAAUAUGUCCCCAUUACAAUAUGAGUUGGUUGAUUUUUAUUUAUAACACCCACCCACCCACUGCUUUUUGUAAUAACUGCCUUUGAAAUCCCAACAAAAUAGAAUAAUAUAAUAGCAAAUAAGAAUAGUAUCAUUAAAACAUUGUUAACAGUGGCAAAUACUGAGCAGGCGCCAAAACCAAUCUCAAAACCCUUAAAAGCCUGGGGAAACAUCAUCAGCCAAAAGUUUUUACUUGUCAUCUAAUAUAAAUCUGAUUUGAUGCCAAGAGAGUAAAUAAGGGGGCAGAAUUCCAGCAGUGAGAUGUCACUGCCUAAAAGACCCUCUCUCUGAUAGGACACGAUCAUAUCACCUCAAAUGAGGUAAUUAGAGGUGAACUGCUAAUGAUAGUCAGGUUGUUAUAAAGUGUUCAUUUUGAGCCAGGGAUCACCCCAGUUUAAACCAUGGAAACCGUUUUUAGUUCCAGGAAUAUGAGAUGUAAGAACAUCACAUAUUUCAGUGCAUAGUAACUACAUUAUUCCCAACAUAUUAGUUGUGGUAGGCCUUCCCAAUCUUUGUGUGUGACUUCUGAGCAGGCUUAAGUUCUAGUUCUCACUUUGGAAGUUUAGCCUCCUGUGUACAUAAUGAAGUUGCAUUAAUCUGAGUCACACCAUUGAUUCAUGUACCCGUACAACACACUCAAGCUAGUACUGACUCCCCAGAGUCAUAGAUGGAGGUCUUCCCCAGCCUUGUUCCCUGAUAUCCUUGUAACUGGAGAAGCAGAGAUUGAAAUAAUAGAUGUAGAAGGGAAAUAACUAAGCAAAAGCAAAAUGAUAACCUCAGCUAGAAUGUUGUAUCCUAAUAGAAAACCCUACAUAGAAAUAUUCAGUCUGUCAUCUGUCCCUGUAAUUUUUCUGUUUAAAGAUUCCUUGGUAGUAAGCUGCACUUCUAUAUAUACUUAACCUGAGAAUAAAACCCCUUGAACUCAUAGGUGUUUCUGAGCAGACAUGCUUCAGAUUGCUUUGUUAACUUGUAAAUGUUGUUCUUCCUGAGCAACUAUUCAUGCUUUUCAGAACGCUCAUUUGUAAGUUAGACAGGAAGAACACAGAUAUCCUCAUCCUGAAGAUGGACAUAUUGAAUUGCAGUAGCUGGUAGGAGAAGCUUCAUCAUGCUGCUAGGCUUUCCCCUAACUGCUUUAUGUCUCAGGGGCAACCUUUACUUGAAAUGGAAUUUGCCACUGCCUGUGUUCAACCUCUGAUAAUUAUUUUGAAAAUGAUGUGUUUUGCUUGGCAAGUUUCCUCUUUUUAUCUGUAGUCCCCUAUCAGGCCUCCAUUAAGUAUGGUCAACUGAUUCUGCUUCUCCCUCCCUUGUCUGUUGCCAUUAAGUGGGACCCAAAUAUUUACCUUGCAGGGAAAGGAGGGUUGAUUAUACAUGGGAUCUUAGUCACAAUACUGGAUGGUUGAUCUUGAGACAACUGUCAGCUGACUGCAGAGGAAGAAAGUUCAAAGGAUAGCUGCUCUACCACAUAGUGUCUCUUUCUGUCUUUUUAGUUUGAUAACUAGGUUCUUCACUGGCAGGUUAGCCUAGAGUACAUGCUGAGAGGUUGCAGGAGCCUCUGCUUUGGUCAUAUGAUGCCUAAGAAAUGUUUCACAUAAAUAUUGUGGUCUCAUUUUGGUCCCCAACCACAAGAGCUAAAAGUUUACUUAAAUUAAUAGGCUGUAACAAUGAGAAUUUUAGUUUCAAUUGUUGCCGUGGUGAGAAUUACAGUUGUACAUUCUCAGUUUCUUCAUGGAAGCCUUGUGAAAUCAGAGGAGCUCUCACACAGCGGCAAUCCUUCAUGAAUUGUACCUGCAGCAAUUAGGAUCUUCUGUCCCUGCUUUAACAUUUUUUUAAAAAAAUAAAAAAUAAGGUAAACCCUGUAAUUAUUUUAGUGCUAUUUAUGAAGCGCUCCUUUAUUGUUCUCUUAGAGCAUAACAAGGUGUGUCAUGCUGCAAUAUCGCCACUGUCAAGUGUGUUUCAGAAAUUAGGUUUGGGUCUCAUCCUGAGGAACUGACUGUCCUAGAAUGACACACGUUUGUUUAGUGUCUCAUCAUAUUACACUCUCGUGAGGAAAGUUUCACUCUUCUAGAUAAGAGGAAUAUUCAGUUUAAUCAUUGUCUUUCUUUAUGGAUAGACUAAACAUAAGCUCAGCUUCUCCAUGACAUCCGAAUAAGGAGAGGCUGUGCAAGCUCUGUACAAGUGUCUUCAUGCGGUGGUGGACUGGAUGAGGGCCAGUAAACUAAAUUUCAAUCCUGGGAAGGUGGCGUUUCUGUUGAUAGGUGGUUCCCCUCUUUGGAAGACUGGCCAGUUGCCUGUUCAGGCGGUUGUUGCACUUCCUUUAGAGGAGCAGGUACACAGCUUGGGGGGGGUAUUCUUGGAUAUAUAUGUUUGUCACUAGAGGCCCAGUGACCUCUAUGACGAGGAGUGCCUUUUUACUAGCUUACUCUGGUUUGCCAGCUUUGGCCAUAUCUGGAGCAGCAUAACUUGGCCACUGCAGUCCAUACAUUGGUAACCUCAGGACUGGAUUACUGCAAUGUGCUCUUUGUAGGGUUGUCCUUGAAGCUCCAGCUGAUGCAGAAAGCAGAUGUUAUACUGCUGAUGCGAACAGAUGAUUUGACAGGAUGUCACACCUCUGUUGAAACAUCUGCAAUGGUUGCUAAUAUGUUUUCAGGCCUGGUUCAGAGUUCUUGUGUUGACAUACAGUUCCCUGAACAACUUGGGUCUUGGAUACUUUAAAGACCACUUGGGUCCAGGAUACCUGAAAGACCACUGAGAUCAUCCGGAGGAUUGCUGUUAGUUGUCCCCUGUGUUACAGGAGAUCUUAUUUUAGGUUCAGCCCUAAAGAUGGCUGAAUGGCUUCAUGAAAUAUAUUUCCGUUCCUGCUACCCACCACCCAUAACCAAAAGUACAUGACACAAAGUCAUUUUUUUAACCAUAGAACAGUAUUCAGGUAAUAAGAUUCUUUUAACACCAUAUAUAUUUUUAUUGGAUGAUAUCCCACCUUUUUCUCCAAGGUGGUGAUGGUUCUCUACCUUCUCAUUUAAAGCCCACAGCAACCUUGUGAGGCAGCUUAGGCCAAGAGGUUUACAAAGAAGUUGCUGUCUUGAUUUCAGAGUAACUAUAUCAAGGAAGUGCCAUUAGAGUCAUUAUUUCAUGCGUACUUAUAAAUAUCAGAAAAUUCAGAUUUAUCACGGAAAUCAGGCUGCAAUCCCCCAUGCACGCUUACUUGUAAGUCCUGUUGAAUGUGGUUCAGCUUACUUCUGAGUAGAAAUGUAUAGGAUUCUGUUGUCGAUAAGUGAGACUUCUGUUUGAUAUUUAUUUUGGCUAGUACAUAUUCCAAUGACUAGAAACUUUUCGGUUAGGUUUUCAUAGUGAAAAAAAUAACAGAUUUCCCCUUUAUUUUCCCCACCCAUUUAAUUUGAAGGCAACACAUUCAAGUUUUCUUACUCAGUUUUCCCUCAUGCUUUACAAGUGUUUUGUCUUCCUCUGUAAUUAAUGUCCCUCCCUCUUCCUCAUCCAGCAUCAUCAGUGAUGUUAGCAGGAGUGUGUAUAUCUCAGCUGUAUAGACUUUCAAUGGCGUUUACAGGGCAAAUUCCUUUUACGUUUGUACUCAAAACAAUAUUUCAGUAUUUCAUUAUAAUAUUAAUCAAAGGCUAUUUUUAAAAUGCUGACAUAUAUAGAUAGGUGAAGUGACCUUUUCAGCAAGUUUAUAAUGUUUUGUAAGGAUUGUCAGAGUUUCAGUUUAAAAGUCUGGGAAGGGAAACUACCAAAGUUAAUCAUUGUUUGAAAGAGGAAGGAUAUUCAAAUAACUCCUUUGUUUAUGAAAUCAUGCAGUGUCUUGAAAAUACGGACUCUUUCAGUUUCUCUUUCUUUUGAAGGAUUCCUAAUGUCACAGAAUCAAAAGUUUACAGGGAAAUCAACAUUCUUUAUGUUUGUUGUAUUAUAUAAAAUGCUAUAUUACACGUACAUCCAAUAUGGCAGGUAAAUGGUAGAGGCAAUUUUUUUACCUGUUGCUAUGGUGGGGUGAGCAAGAGUAGUGGAGGACAGUUAAUCUGCCCUCCUCAAAAAAGAUUCGUAGAAGUUGAUACUAAGCAAUUCCGUUUCUCAUACCUAAUCUGUAAAUAUCACGUCCUCAUAUAGUUUUUCGUUGCCCUCUAAAAUUGAAGCCACUUGCAAGGUUGUCUGGUUUUUAAGAAACUCAAAGGUUUACCUGCCAUGCAAUUAAAAGAACGAAAUGUAUAUGGGAAUAAAUGUGUUUCAAGAAACAAGCUUGUAAGCAAUAUGUUUCAUGUCAUUUCAUUUCACUUUUAAUUUGUAUACCUCCUUUCUAUAUUACUAUGCACAAGGCGGUUUACAGCAACAAAAUACACAACAAAGAACACACACCUUAUAAUAAUCUGAUCCGAUACAGGAGUCAUAAUAAAACAUAACUUUAAAAUGGAAUAAAUAAUAUCAAAUAAAGUAAUAUUCAGUUAUCUAUUAGAAUAUAAUAGUACACAAUAAAGUUAACUGUCAAAACAUCAGCUAAUGUUGAGUGAGCCCUGAUGGGGUUGCAGUAGCUGCUCAAGGAUACCUAGUGCCGAUAUUGGCUUGUUCAUAGUCCUUCACAUUUUUUUAAAUUUUAUUUUUGUAAUUCCUGCAAAUCAAACCAGUACUGUUAUCCCCAUAUUGUGCAUGGCAGGCCAAGAUAAUAGUGUGGACAGUUCAUGGAUAAGUUGAGAUUCGAAUUGGGGACUUCUUAAUUUAUUACAGCUCAGUCUCUGAACUACAGUGUUAUGAGUCAUCUCAUAUAAUAGAGGAGGAGGCAAGAAGAAGGAAGCUUAUGGCAAAUGCUGCAAUUGUAUUUAUAAGGUGAAUGGCAACCACGUAGAGAGCCUUGCUAAUGUGUAGGCCUGCCUAGGGAAUUCCUUCCCUAGGGAGUUCACCUGCCACCAACAUUUCUGUAAACAGUCCUGGAAACUUUGCUGAAGAAUAGUAUAUAAAUAUUUUAAAUGAAAAAUAAAUAUUAGUUGAAACUGGUGUGGAAAUACUGCAGAUAGUUUUUGCAUUUCUGUUGUGCAGAGUGCUUUGCAAUUAUGCUUACCUCUCUGCCCCACUCAGUGAAUAGGAGAAGACAGGUAAAUUAUUGCAUAUAAGCAAAUACAUGAGGCAGAUAUGUUUUGAUAUUUUGUCAUUUUAUACAGUGAACAAUUCAGUUUGAACUUGGCAUAAAUUUUUAUUUUUUAUUUAUUUUUUUAAAAAAUCAAACUUGAAGUACACAUAGUUCUGUUGCAUGCACUAUUACUGUAGUUCAAAUUUCUCCUUCAGCAGGCAGCUAUGGUACAGAGUACAGGAGAAGGCUUUCUUCUUUUCUCCCCAGAAACCAAAGCAAUGUGGGAGGAGAGGAGAAGCCUUUUUCUCACUCCUUGCUGCCCUGCCUACCCUCCGCAGCAGGGUUCCGUUUUGUUGUGUGUUGGUUGAGAAAGCUUUUGCCAACAAUAGAAAUAUGUCGUAGAAAUCACUUUGUGUAUGUGGAGCUUCACUCUUAAGUAAUUAAAUAACCAUUGCCUGUUUGCCAUGUGAAAGUAGUGGUACUCCCGUGUGCAGAAGGAACUGCUUCUAUCCAGGCAAAUGAAAUUAUUUCCUGGCUACUACAGAAUGAGUGGUUUGCAUAUCACAACUGCAAAAAAUAUUUUGAAGUAGUUUGCUUUUAUUUCCUCUCCCACAAGCUCAGUUGUACUACUGUUAUGUUCAAAGUUUGUUUGCAGAACUCUGUUUGUGAUGCUGUUGCUGGCAUGGGAGACAAUGGAGGAGUGUGCCUUUGGGGGUAAAGUCAAACUGUUGGAAGGUUGCAGUGCCUGUUGUGAGUGUAGGAACCAAUAUGGGAGAGACAUGUUUUGUUACAGCUGGUGCAGUUGAAGGCCUAGCAUAUAAUAAAUAGCUGAAAUAUACUUCUUCAGUUCUAUUGAAGCAAUUCCUGGACGACAAUGGAACAUCAUUAUUAAGGCUUUAUGUAGGGGUGUAUGUGUCCAUGUACACAUAAAACAAUGUUUUCAUGCAACUAAGAGGUCUCCAUUCUGCAUGAAAAGCAAUAGAACGUCCCUAUUUUCAUGAAGAAUGUUGAAGGUUAUGGUAUUACUAAUGUAAUUAUACUAUUUAGCUUUCGAUACCAUCGACCAUGGCAUCUUUCUGGAGCAACUGUCCGAACUAGGGAUCGGUGUCACCUCUUUGCAGGGGCUCCAGUCCUACUUGGAUGGUUGUUGCCAGAGGGUGUUGCUUGGGGAAUGCUUUUCAGCUCCAUGGAACUUUCAGUGUGGGGUUUCGCAGGGCUCAGUCCUAUCCCCUACAUUGUUUAACAUCUACAUGAAACCACUGGGUGGGGUUUCCUGGAGGUUUGGAAUACGUUGUUAGCAGUAUGCUGAUGACACUCAGCUCUGUUUCUCCUUUACAUCUAUAGGUGAGGCAGUGGAAGUGCUGGACCAGUGUCUUGCCUCAGUAAUGGACUGGAUGAGAGCCAAGAAACAGAAGCUCAAUCCAGAUAAGACUGAGGCACUGUUAGUGGGUGGUUCCCUAGACCCGAUGGGUGGGAGAUCGCCUGCUCUUGAUGGGGUUAGACUUCCUCUGUAGGAGCAGGUUUGUAGCCUGGGGGAUACUCCUGGAUCCUCUGUUGUCGUUCAAGGCUCAGGUGGCCCCAGUGGCCCACAGUGCCUUCCAUCAGCUUCAGCUGAUGACCCAGCUACACCCCUAUCUGGACAGGAAUAGCUUAUCUACUGUUGCCUGUGCUCUAGUAACUUCAAGGUUAGAUUACUGCAAUGUGUUAUAUGCAGGGCUGCCUCUGAAGACGGUUUGGAAACUUCAGCUGGUACAGAAUUCUGCAGCCGGGUUGCUCACCAGAACAACAUGGUUUGAGCAUAUUACACCAAUCCUGGUCUGGCUGCACUGGCUACCAAUUAGUUUCCAGGCCCAGUUCAAAGUGCUGGUUUUGACCUAUAAAGUCUUAAAUGGCUCAGGACCAUAUGAACCUUUCCAUAGGAACCUACCUGGACCCUGAGAUCAUCUUCUGAGGCCCUUCUUUGUGUGCCUCCUCCUUGAGAGGUCCGGAGGGUGGCUCCCUGUCUCUGGAAUGCUCUCCCCAGGGAAGUUCACCCGGCGCCUUCAUUAUACACCUUUACGCGUUAGGCAAAAACAUUCCUUUUUAACCAGGCCUUUGGUUGAUUUGAUUUACAUCCUAUGCCCUUUUAAAAUGUGGGGUUUGAGGGAGGAGUUAUUGUUUUUAUUUUGAUUAUGUAUUUUGUGGUUUUAUAUUUUGAUUUUAUUCUGUUAACCACCCUGAGACCUCUGGGUAUAGGGCGGUAUAUAAAUUAAAUAAAUAAUAAUAAUAAUAAUAAUAAUAAUAAUAAUAAUUUAUUAAUGCUAGUAUGUUUCAAAAUAGGCUGGAUAUCACUUCUGAUGAGUGCUCUGGUUGAAAAUACUGUAACGCUGCAUGUCUUUGCCAUCUAUAUUUCAGCAUUCCUUCUAGGAUAGCAUUCCACUCUGCUUAAUGAGGAUGCUAAAUUUUGUCACUUGAUCAAAAAUCCAAUGCUUACUCUCUGCUUCCUACCUCCUUUAGUUUUUGUAUUCUAAGCACAGUAUAGUUACCCUUGAAAUAGUUUUUAUCUCUGCAGCUGCUUUUUUAGACCCUUUGUACUGCCAAUUAAAACCCCAGUUAGUGGAUUGGUGGGUAAAGAAUCUCAAUCUCUCACUCGCUACCCCCCCCCUUCAGCUUGCCAUCUCCACCUCCCUUUGUAUCUCCGUCUCUCUUUGGCCACUGAAAAUGUAGGUCAGAUUGCAUCACCAUAAAAUGGAACAGUCAGAAAGGUGUUUGAAAAAUGCUGACAUCCUUAGCCUGGGGUGCAUGCCGCUGUCUUUUGUUUACAUUGAGAAUAGCGAUGUGCGUUGUACCUGUAAAUGAACAAAUCUCCUCUUUAAGGUUAGUAGUGUGGCACAUAAAUUAUUAGUCAGAUUUUCCUUUUCUGUUUUUGGAUAGUAAAUUAAAACUGUACAGAUAAACUUGCAGUCAUUUACAGUAGUGAAACAUUAGGGAACUCAUUUGAACAUCCUGUUUAUGGUAGCCAUAACUGUUGAAAAAUGAGCUUUCUGGCACAUGGAGGUUUAACAAUAGCUUUGGCAUUUUUUAAUAUCCAUGUGCUCCUUCCCUCAGAUGCAGAAUAAUGUGUUUUACAUUUUGGUUAAUUUAUGUUUUUGUCAGUAGUUUGUAAAUAAUCUUGGGCAUUUUAUGGGGAAAGCAUUAGAAUGUGUUCUUACUGACUGACUUACCCAUCUUUUCUGUGAAAUCUUUCAAAAUUAUUAAUUAUAAUAAUUUUUGACCAGAAGGAAAUAAAGAUUAACAGAAAAUGUAUCAUAACAAUUCAAACUUUUAUACUUCUUUCUUUGCAUACAAAGUUGGGGAUAAUAUGAAGAGAGAUCUUUACAUAUAAUAUAUCCUCACUGUAUAUUAAUACAAUUUAUCUAAGCCUUCACUUAUUUGAAAAUGAGUAAAUGAUGGAAGUAUUUUAGUGAGAGAACGUUACAACAUCAGCAUACACAUUUUUGCCGCUUCGGUGUUUAAAUAAAAACAGCUACCUGAGUUACAUAAAAAGCAGAAUUACUUUGUGUGAAUACAUCUUAUUAUCUCAUUAACAAUUCUGUCUACUUUUGAAGAUUAUCCGGAAGUUAAAAGGAAAAUUACUGCAGAUGAGGUUGAAUCUGCUAUUGACAAUAGCCUGUGAUUGACUGUUGGGGCAGAAAUAAGAACUUUGAAUGUCUUGUGUGCUGUAAUUACGCAGAGAAAGAAACAUCAAAUAGAGAAGUCAAACACUAGUGCGAAUGCUUUGAACAUACUUUAUUGCGAAAGAGUUGGUUCUACAGGUUGUUCAUUAAGAGGACAUUUAGAUAGUUGCAUUAAAGAUACUGAAAGUCAGCAGUUGACAGUCAAAUGUUGUGCCUAUGAAUUAAAGAUUUCAGUAUUGUUUAUAUUUACUUCUGGGAGUUUGCUGACAUUCUGUCAGCAUAAAUUACAGCAUUCCUAGAAAGUAUGCUUUCAUACAUACAUCUGCAGUAAAGUUCUCCACAAAGAAAAAGAAUUAGGUUAGGGCAAUCCUAACCAGGUCUACUCAGAAGUAAGUCCUAUUGAGUUCAGUGGGAUUGAUUCCCAAGCAAUUGAGCUUUGGAUAGCAGCUGAAGUUUGUAGCAAUCUGGGCAUGAUUUUUCUUUUCUUGUAAUCUCAGGACUAAGAGAGCUUUCCCCUUUGUCUGUUAGCUUUACCUUAUAUUUUCUUAGUUUAGUUCUUACAAAAAAUUCUUUAAAUCUAAACCAUUUGCAUUUAAGACUUCAUUCUAUUAUUCAAAUGCAGAAACUACAGUAAUGAGAGUUUAGCUUCAAGCAAUUCUAUUCAAAUAAGCUUGAGACAAUAUUAAUAGUAGUAUUAAGUGGCCUGCAUAGAAGAGAAUGAUCAGGGUAAUUUCAAUUAAAUGUUUUUCGCUUUUGCAAGAUAAGAUGGCAAAAUCUUAUUACUGUAAUAGUGAUUGUUACCAUGUGUUUCAUUGCAGAUUUAAUCAAAUAUAAGAAAGAGGAAACUUCCACAGCCCAGGCAGAUGAUGAUCAAUUGAUAUCCCAACCCUGAAUUUUACCAGACUUUUAAGGUACUGUGACCUACUAACCUAUAUAUAUAUAUAAGUAUGUUCCUCAACUAUUGUGUCUGGGUACUACAGAUGCAAGAGAUACUGAGACACAAAGGGCAGCAAGAAUUUAAAAAAGGCAGACAUAAAAGUUGUUAGGAAUGCCACAGUAAUAUUAAGAGCUGCUAGGUGUUAAAUAAUUGUUUUUGUGACGGAGGGGUUUUAUGAUUGUACAUAAUAUAUUGUGACCAAUGACACCAACUUCACACACUCUGUUGUGCUACAAGUCUCAAAAGUAAUAGAGAGUAUUGGUGUAGGGGGAAAACCUGUUCUCCCCUUUCUAGUUUUUUAAGGGGUGUGAUACAUAUAUACUGUUCAAAGAAAAACAAAGAACAGGAUUUUGUAAAUUGUGGGAGAAAGACUGUGCUAGCAAAUAACAUUUAAACAAAGGCUCCCCAAGUUACAGUGAAUAUAGACUGAUUUCAAUCUUGAUUGGUCUACAGUUUUUUUCUUUUUUCUUUCUUUUUUUUAAAGAAUGCUAGGACCUCUGUGCUUCACCAACAUUAUUAUUAUUAUUAUUAUUAUUAUUAUUAUUAUUAUUUUAGAUUAGCAAAGCAAGAGUAUAUACUGUACUUGAUCUUUUAACAGUCCCGUAAAUCAGAUCAAGACUUCCUUCUCUAGCAUGGUUUGCAAGAUCCCCAGCAAACCUGCAACCAGCCAGCAUUCUGUGAAAGUGGUCCACUGGUAUACCAUGGUCAGCCUUCUAACCACCCUUGUGCAUAUAGGAACAAAAGGAUCACAUUUCUGUUAUAUCGUAUCUGGGUUCUCGCAGAAGCACUGGGCAUGUUCAGCUGGUGUUUUCAGAAUUUUUAUGUAUGCAUGUGUGUUUAAAGAAAUAAGAACAGCACCAUAACCCUUUGGUUGCAAGUAAUACAGAUGUAACUCUGUUUCUGAGAUCCUAACAUUUGCUUUACAAUUUUAUGUUGCUGGUUAAAUGCAUUACUUCCCCCAGCAAACACCUCCAUAGCAAUUGAGGUUUCUCUGUAACACAGGGGAGCAACUUAUGUUUGUCAUAGAUUCUCGCUCCUUUUUUUUCUUGUGAAUGGCAUCUCCACCUUCUCCCUCAUUAUGUUUGGGAUAUAGAAAGCUUGCUUAUAGAAGGUCAGGUUGUUUGCCCACCUAUCCCAGGAUUGUUUGUUCUCACUGCUUGUGACCGUCAAGGAUCCCAGGCAGAGGUUGUUCAUAUCACUUGACCCUCGAGACACCAGGAACUGAGACUGUGACAUCCUGUAAGAAAAACUGAGCUGUAACUUAUCUCCUAAAUUUGCAGGAUCACCGCUAGUGUGAGUUAAGCCUAAGAGGGAAACCAUUGCCAUCACUUAUUAGAAAUGAUUGGCUAGACAAGCACUUACCACAAGUUACAUCUCCAAAAUAAAAUAAAACACAGUACUGAAUGCCACAAUGAGCUGUAUAUGUUGUUAAUCUGAACCACAAAUAUCUAUUUAUUUUGAAAAUUUUACCUUGCCUUUCAGUUAAAUGAUUCUCAAUGUGACUUACAAUAGUGUAAUUAUACAGUACAACACACACACACACCACACAGAGAUACUGUACAAAUAUACCAGCAGCCCUGACUGAAGAAUGGGCCCAGAAUAUGCUUCCUAAGCAAAACUGACAGUUGGACAGAGUGUCCUUUCUGGUAGGAAGUGGGGAAACAAGUUCCCUGCAGCUGAUCAUUCUUUGGCUUGUGAUUGCACCUAGGCUGGACUUCUCUCUGCUAUGAUGUUGUUAGUGGGAGCUGGGAAGUGACCCAUAGUUCUGUUGGGUGCAUGGGACUGGAGUAUGAGCCCCUUAAUUUCUGCAGCCCAUGGAUGUAAAUUUGUUCGUAUUUUUAAACAACUUCCUAUAUUAUAAGUGAUUAUGUUCUUCUUUUAUGCAACGUAUGUCUUGUAUUUUCAUUUUACAAGUGGGACAGUGACACUAAAAGACAAUGACCGAAGAUGUGCAGAGAUUUGUACCUGGAUCAUGUCCUACACAUUGACCACUGGGAGUUAUAUUACAUAAAUUUAAACAAAAUCAGCACUUUGUUUAAUUAGCAAGGGAGGGAAUAUGUCUUUCCUCAGGUGAUAGAGUAUGUUUCCUCUACUAAAGGGUAACAUUGGAGAACAUAAUAUUUUAUUGUAAUACGAAGCUUUCCUUGUGACAAUAUCACAUUACAGUUCCUUUUAAAAAAAUUCUCUUAGUUUUCUAGAAUAUUUUCAGUUCUGUUGAUUUAUAUAUUCUUGCUUUUGCUUGAUAGUUGUAUAAAAUGGAAUUCAACACUUCUAAUACUGGAGUCUUGAUGUAUGGAGCUAAGCCUAUUUUAGUUGUGUUAAUUUUGUUGUGAUAACCAGCUUUAUGUGCUUUUAAAAAUAGACUGUUCUACCAAAAGCCUAAAGGGGUUGCUUUAUGUAGCUGAAAGAAGCAGAACACAUUUAAAUGACAAAGAUAAUAUUACAGAAUGCUAGUCACAGUACAACCUACCCCCACCCCUUUACAAUAUGUAUUUUCAUGAAGCUCAGCUGAAAAGCUACUUUGGAAUUGUUGGAUCAGGAGCAGUUUUAUAAGAUGAGCAUAUAAGAUUUAUGUGCGCCUUUAAAAGUAGGAGCAUAUAAAUAUCAGCCUCAGUUGAACUUUCCAUGUUUUCUGUGUGGAGAUACAUGUACAAAGUUUUGUAGAGAAAUUGUACGAAGUGGCAAUAUAAUCAAGUUCACUUAAUGAAUCUGUUCAGCAAUAACAAGAAACAAGUUUCUAACCAUAGAAACAAGUUUCUAACUACAGUGGUACCUCGGGUUACAUACACUUCAGGUUACAGACUCCGUUAACUCAGAAAUAGUGCUUCAGGUUAAGAACUUUGCUUCAGGAUGAGAACAGAAAUCGUGUUCCGGCGGCGCAAUGGCAGCAGGAGGCCCCAUUAGCUAAAGUGGUGCUUCAGGUUAAGAACAGUUUCAGGUUAAGUACGGACCUCCGGAACGAAUUAAGUACUUAACCCGAGGUACUACUGUAUGAACCUUCCCAAGGCACAGGCUCCCACACUCCUGUCCCCCUUUCUUACUUCUUUUCCAUCAUGCACCAAAGGAAGAUAUCAAAAGCUUUUACUUCUGCUUUUAAACUAACCACAGUUGCCUGUGACAUUUAAGCUAAGUGAACUGUGUUUUGUUUAAACUAUAGCUAGUGAGUACAAGCCAGAAUCCAAUUGUGUCUUACAAAAUUUAUAGCUUCAGUUGCGGAGAAAAAUGUAAUGGCAUUGUUGAAAUCUCAUUCAUUAUAGAAUAUUAAUAUAUCUAGUACCAGGGUUUUGUGGGGUUUUUUUGGUCUGACUCAGCUCAACUUUAAAUGCAGCUGCCAGCCUCUUUACACUGGCUGCUUGAUGAAGGGGUUAGUAUUUUAGAUUAAGAGUCGCUAACCUGUAAUUCUUCAGAUGUUGCUGGUCUUCCAACUCACAUUAUCCCUGACCAGUGGCCAUGCAGGCUAUCCAGCAGAAUCUGGAGAGCCAAAGGGUUAGGCUUUCUUGUUUUAUAUUAUCUAGGUGCUAAACUAUUCAGUUGCUAUCAUUUAAGCAGCUUCUGCUCUGCUCUGCAUGAGAAUUGAAAUUCCAAAUGAAAUCCCAGACCCACAGAUUCCCCAGCACUGAUUCAUAAGAUAGAAAUAAAAUAUCAGUCCAGUCAUGGACGACUCUGGGGUUGCGGUGCUCAUCUCGCUCUAUAGGCCAAGGGAGCCAGUGUUUGUCCACAGACAGUUUCCGUGUCAUGUGGCAGCAUGACUAAGCUGCUUCUGGCGAACCAGAGCAGCGCACGGAAACGCCGUUUACCUUCCCGCCGGAGUGGUACCUAUUUAUCUACUUGCACUUUGAUGUGUUUUCGAACUGCUAGGUUGGCAGGAGUAGGGACCGAGCAAUGGGAGCUCACCCCGUCGCAGGGAUUUGAACCACCAACCUUCUGACAGCAAGCCCUAGGCUCUGUGGUUUAACCCACAGCGCCACCCGUGUCCCUAUAGCUAUUGUAGCUUGUAGUAAUUGUAAGAAUUUUAACUUUCACCCUUAAAGAAGGAAAAUAAUUAUGGGUAUUAUAUUUAGGAGAGUUUUGGCAGUGUUGGUAUUUAGAAUGAGUUUUUCCAAGCUCUGUUUUGGCAGGUAUAUCACUUCUGUUUCAGUCUUGUAGAUAAGAGCAGAUUCUUUAGAAAGAGUGACUCACCAAAGGCUACCCACUGAACUCGUUAUUCUUGUUCUUGUUUUAGAUUUGUAAUAAACCUCAUUCCAGAAAAUUAGGGCAGAUAACAGUAUGUUAAAAUCUUAUGGCAAAGCCAAUCAGAUAAAAUAAAAUUGACAACUUAAUAUUAAAACUUCAUCUAUAUAUCAGCUUAAUUCCUACCACUCAGGCCUAGUUCAAAUAAAAUAUUUUAUUGGAAGAGAUGAUUUAAUUGGCUCCAGUAUAUUUUUGGAGGAAGGGGAUUUUGCAGAUGAGGGCAGCCUUGCUUCCAAAUGCAUUGCAUAGAAAGUAUUUUAAGAUAAUGAUUGGCCUUUAUAAUGACCUUGUCUCUUUAUCAGCCAAUACAACUUUGUACCUACAAUUCAUUAUAAAGUGGGGAAGCUUCCUAUAUGUAUUCUGCUUUCUAGCUUAAUAAUUUAAAAUCCCCAAAACUAUUUUCAAUAGUUUUAUUAGGCAGGUAAAAUGUUUUAAAUAGCAAUCCUAACCAGUGAUGCGGGCCAUAAAAUUUUCUCCCACAGAAUUUUCCCCUGCAGAUUUUUUUAUUUUAUUUCAUAGGUUUAUUAGUAGCAAUUAAUGGAUGAUAACUACAAAUAUAAUAUUAGGGAGGUUUGAUGGUUUCAAAGUUGUAAUUAAUGUUUUUCAAUUGAUUAUCCUAACAAGUAUGUGAGUCAGCUUUUUUGGAUCACAAAAUAUAUUAGUGUAUUAACAGCUUGUCAGUGUCUUUGGUUUUUCCGUCCUUGAAAUUUAAACUACAUGAAUGAAGUACAAGCAGUGGUCUUCACUUUUACUUUUACAGUAUUCCCAUUAAAAAUCUACAUAAAAUAACAUUUAAAUCACAUUAGGUGUGCUUCAAUUUUAUACCUCCAGUAUUUGGGGUCAAAUACUUGUGGUGAACUGAGACAAAAAAUUAACACGGCUCACUUUUAUACCUUGGUUUGCCAAAUACAGGUAAAAUAAACUUGCCAAAUUAGAUCACUCUGUAGGGUAUCCAAAACUUUUCUGAUGCAAAUUUGCCCAGAAAAUCCACAUCACUAAUCCUAACCCCCUGAUAGUUGCUGCUAGAACAGGCUGGGAUAUAGUAACAGCUGCAGAAACCAUAGCAGAUGGAAUGCAACCAUCAGUUGCUGGUACAGGGCCUAAAACAGGGUGCCUGGGGGCAGGACACCCCGUGCCCGGGAUCCAUUGGAUCCUAAGCAACUCAGUUCCUCUUCAAGGGACCUGGUAUGGAUCCCUCAGCUGCGCCACCUUGGAGUUGGUGCAGCAAAAUAAAAAAAACACUGUCUUCUGCUCUGGCCACCACAAGUGGACAGAGCUUCAGAUGCAGUGCCCAAUUUCCUAAUCUGCUCCAAUCCCACUGUUCCUGGCCAGGGGGCUAGGAUUUCACUUUUUAUUUUGGAUGCUUUUAUUUUAUUCUGGAAGUUAAAUUUUGGAUUUUUAUCCCACACUGUCCCAAAUCCUCAGGUGGAUCAUAAUAUUUUAACAAAAUCCAAGUAACCUGACUUCUUAAGAGUCUUCUUUAGAGCUGUCUGUCUGCUGUGAUAGAUAGAACUUCACAGGCUCCCUGGCUAUUUCCCCACCUGUGGCAGCUUUAGUAGAUUAUUGCCUUAAAAAUAUAACACAGUGGUAGAACUGAUAGCCCCACCAAAAUAAUUAAGUAUCCCUUUCUCCCCACUGUUAGCUUAAAUGUACCCCUUAAAAGCCAAUUCAGAUGAGAUCAAACAAAUCUUUAUUGAAGCUACUCAGGCCCUCAAGUAAGAAAGAGUUCUAUAGUAGCAGAAUUACUUACCAAGAAUGUUUAAGAGAUUGUUGUGGGUCAUGGGGAAGGAAAUAGUUUUUUUAUUUUCUAUUUAUUUAAAUGUUUGUCCCAACCUUUUAGUUAUGAGUUCAAUGGAGUUCCUAGGUUGUCUUGAAUGUAGGUACUGCACUGGAAUAUAGGUACUGCACUGAUACUGCAGGUAUGCUCACAUACCUGCCUAGAUUUAGAAAUAGAACUACAUCAGCUACUUUUACACAUCAUUCUCUUGGCUUAAUGUGUUGUGAAAAGUGAAUUUAAUCAUUAUAUGAUUUCAUACCACAAGGAGAUGGUGGAAAUACAGUACAGUGGUGCCCCGCAAGAUGAAUGCCUCGCAAGACGAAAAACUCGCUAGACGAAAGGGUUUUUCGGUUUUGCGUUGCUUCACUAGACGAAUUUCCCUAUGGGCUUGCUUCGCAAGACGAAAAUGUCUUGCGCUUUUUUCUUAAAGCCGCUUGAAGAGGCGCAGUUGCGACGGACCGUGCUUCGCAAGACGAAAAACAUCGCAAGACGAAAAGACUCGCGGAACGAAUUAUUUUUGUCUUGCGAGGCACCACUGUACCAACUUUGGAAUGCUUGUGAAAUACAUCCCCAAAUACUCAUUUGAAUCUUGAAUUUUCAAGCAUAGUCAUGUAGAAUGCAUUGCUGUAGUCCUACACUUAGUUUAAGAGAUACAUUUGUGUGAACAUUUCUGCUCCCCAAAUACUUUUGUACAGUAGCUUGUAUCAGGAUUUGUUAACCGGGAGCCGUAUCCCACAAUAGGAAGCCAAUAUUUGUACUCAUGUACUUUGUACUAUUGUCAUGACAGUGAGCAAAGAGUAGUUUGUAAAUGAGUCAUGAAAACCAGUGAACUGAAAGCUCUAGGCCUUCCUGUUGAUCCUUCUUCCUGGAGCUUCUCUCAGAUUUUUCUUUGAAACAGAAACUUGGACUCCUGACAGACAUAUUUGAUUCAAGAAGUUGGUGUGCUUCCUUCCGUUGGGUUUCUAAUUUAAUCACCUUCAUUUUGGGGAAGCUUCUCAACAAAACAAAAAAGAAUUGAUAGCAUGUGUAUAGCCAGAUAUCACUAUAAUGGGGAUGAAGAACCUGUGGCCCUCCAAAUGUUGUUGGACCUCGGCUCCCAUCAGCCUCAGUUUUCAUGGCUAGUGAUGAAAGAUGACAAAAGUUGUAGCCCAACAACAUCUGGAGAGGUCACAGUUUCCCCACCCCUGCUCUGUAAGCUUAAAGGAUAUUGGGAAGGCCUGGUGGCGCUGUGGGUUAAACCACAGAGCCUAGGACUUGCCGAUCAAAAGGUCGGCGGUUCGAAUCCCUGUGACGGGGUGAGCUCCAGUUGCUCGGUCCCAGCUCCUGCACACCUAGCAGUUCUAAAGCACGUCAAAGUGCAAGUAGAUAAAUAGGUACCGCUCCGGCGGGAAGGUAAACAGUGUUUCCGUGCGCUGCUCUGGUUCACCAGAAGCGGCUUAGUCAUGUUGGCCAUAUGACCCGGAAGCUGUACGCUGACUCCCUCGGCCAGUAAAGCGAGAUGAGCGCCACAACCCCAGAGUCAGCCAUGACUGGACCUAAUACCUUUUAUACAGUGGUACCUCGGGUUACAUACGCUUCAGGUUACAUACGCUUCAGGUUACAGACUCCGCUAACCCAGAAUUAUUACCUCGGGUUAAGAACUUCAGGAUGAGAAAAGAAAUCGUGCUCUGGCGGUGCGGCGGCAGUGGGAGGCCCCAUUAGCUAAAAUGGUGCUUCAGGUUAAGAACAGUUUCAGGUUACAAACGACCUCCGGAACGAAUUAAGUACUUAACCUGAGGUACCACUGUACUGUUAUGCUUUUGGUUCUCCUUCACUUCUCCUCAGACAGGCCUGUUUCUAUACAUUGCUUUUUCUUCAAGUUGCUGAAUGUUGCACACCCCCUCCCUGACCGGUUCUUUGCUUCCCUACGCAGGCAUGUCAAAUUCCAUAUCUGACAAGUGGGUUUCUCAGGUGCUGUCUGUGUAUUUAUAAUCUUUAUUUUUCUACCAUUUGUUUUAGUACUCCCCCAAACUAUAUCAGAGAACUAACUUUUUAAAAUAAAAUUUGAUUGAUUUAAGAGAGAACCAUUUUCUCUUUCAUUAACUUCUUUUUCUUGCACUAUAUAACAUAGGAAACUGGCUCCCCACUUGCAACCCCACAAAAAGAAAAAGAAAAAUCAGUUUCUGAACUGACUUUAUUAUUCCUAGUUUGACUUGACAGUCCGUGAUCUUGUCCAUUGAAGUGAUGAAUUGAUCUUUCUGCUGCCACUCUUCUCUUUCUUACUGGAAUACUGAUGGAUUCAUGGCAUGUUGAAAGAAUGUUUCAGUAGCAGAAUAGUAUAUCACCAGCCAGCCUAAGGUGACAUCUUAACAUGCAAAAUAGCUGCCAGAAGUGGACAACAAAAUUAAGCAUGCUCUCUCUCUCUCUCUCUCUCUCUCUCUCUCCCCCACACCCACACCCACACACCAGCUUUACUAGUAAUGAUGUUACGUGAGCCAUAGAGCAAUAACUGAGCAGUAUUGCGGUGGGCAGGGGUAUCAGUUCAGAAUCAGCACCUUUAGGCCCCUUUCCUUAUAUAUUUCAGUAGCAGAGUCAAAUAGUAGUGAUUAAAUGGGCCUCAAGUGUACUCUGAAAAUAGUAUUAUUCCACUGGACUUUUAUUUUUACCUAGAGCCUCAACUGGUUCACAGUGCAAUCCUGCAGAUUCCUACUAAGAAGUAAGCCUUUCUGAGUUCAGUAGGAUGUACUUCUAGAUAAAUGGGUGUAGGAUUGCAGCCCUACCCUCUUAAUUCUAUUGCUGUUUGUUUUUAUUGUACCUCUUUCAAGCUUCCUUGAGUUAGCAUGUGCCUAGAAAACCAGGAUACAAUUUUUCUCUUUUUAAAAAACAAAAAACCCUGUUGAUUUGGUAUGAUGGAGCGCAAGCUAGUUUCAUUUCAUGUUGUAGUAGCUAAUGCAAUCAUUAUGUUACACUUGCCACAUCUGUCUAUUUUGAUGUUUGCUUUCUUUUCUCUUGUGCUUACGCCUCGUUUUCACAACAAAGAAUGGUGUUAUGACAGAACAGGGCUUGAAAAUUCUACUUAAGCAUUAAUUGACCAAAAAAAGGCCAAAAAACAACAACCAACCCAACAACUUUGUUUGGAAAGUAUGGAAGCACUCUGACUUCCUUCAUUCUACCAAAAAUGCCUAGUUACAUUUCUAUCAGUAUUACAUGUACAACUUGUUAGUUUCUCAAAUCUUGAUUUUCACAGAGCACUUAUAUGAGCAGUAAUUGCUCAGCUGGAUUUCCACAGGCAUUUUCAGGAGGACAAGCCCUUUCUAAUGACUUUGAUUAGUUGUGAUAAAGAAGAGCAGAUAGCUAUGCUCUAACAAUUAAGUCUUAAGGCAUCAUUUCCUCAUGAAGGAGCCUGUGACUGAUUGGCAGAUUCUGAAAGCCUGUCCUGCUAUACCUUGACACAGCAAAUAACCCUCAUCUGGAAGUUCAAAAAUAUGUGAGUGCUUGUCAUUCUCUACAGGUGAAAUAUGUUUAUUACACCCAUAGUUCUGAAAGUAGGAGGUGUAGUAGCUGUCUUGAACCCUCCCAUCCUCUUGAUUGAUUGCAUUUUAUCUAAAAUUUAUAGCCUACUCAGGGACUCAGAAUGGUCUACUUACACUUUUACAGUUCACGUUAAGAAACAAAUGAGAUUCUGGAAGGACUUGCUUUCUACCUAAGGAUCCAAAAUGAUGGCUUCCCUUGGUAUUCUGAUUUCCACUGAUUCUCCCACAUGUCUUCUGGAUUUGAGUGAGGGCCUGGAUUGGUUUUCCCCCAGGGUUUGUAAACACUUUGAAGCAGUGAUGUGGAUGCUUGCUGUUUCUUAGCGUUGCAAAAGCCUGGUGAAAAGUGGAACAAAACUUCUGGUUUUCCCAUCUCUGAUAAAGCAAAAGACAUCGCCUCUGCCCCCCCCCCCGCCCCCGCAAGUUCUCUGCCUUUGGAGAAGUGAAGGGGUCUCUCAUCUUGUAUUGGACAUUCAGGGGCAAAGGUUGCCAGAAAUAGGCUGGCCACUUGCAUUUGUGCAAUUCCUAUGUACACGUAUCUGAGAACGUUGCUUGCCUUCAACUCAGUAUAAUAUUUUAUUCAAUUUUGACGAAAAAGGAAAGUCAGUGUGGUCCAAAGGUGUUCAGAGUGGUGGUGUUAUUCAUUUAUUACCUGCCCUUCUCCCUGAGGUCUCAAGGUGGGUUACAGCACAGCAAUUUAAAAUACAAAAUUAAAAGCAAUUUAAAACAACUCACAGUCACAAAAAUAAAGCAGGACCAUAAAAUAUACAUCGCAAGUGUCAAAGGCUAGGGGGAAAAGGUUGUCCUUAAUAGAUGCUUAUGCACACUAGGCUUUUAAAUACUGUCUGAUUCCCUUUCUAAGUUAUGUCUAUCACCUUUUCAUUCUUGCUACAGGUGAGGUAAGCUAUUCUGCAAAAUAUUAAAGUUGUAAGAGGAAAUACCUCUUAGUGAGACUGAGAGGCAAACUGCCCUGUUCAUGACCAUGUAAUUGUCCCUAGGUUCUCUCCAAAUGAUGUUUUACAUAAUUGGUGCAACAGGCAGCAGUGAACUCAGGGUGGGAUAUAUACAACUGUGCUCUGCUGUUUGUUGAAGGCUCCCCCUGCCCCCUCAUUUCCUGCAGGAGUGUCCCAUGAGCAGAAUUCCAUUCAUGGUUAGUCUGGAUCCAACCCAGUAUUUUAUUUGGGGGCGGAGCUGUAGAAGAAUACAGUUUAUUUAGUAUGUUAUGCACAUUUUCUUAUUUAUGACCAAAAGCAGACCAAAUGCAAGGGACAUGUAUAACAACUAGUAUUCACCUAAGCAACAAGAUGAACAUCAGCAUUGGGGAAUAUGUUCCUUACUUACAUAGAAAAUGUUUCCAUAAUACGUUUUUGUUUAUUAAAUUUGUAUACGCCCUUCAUCCAAAGGUCCCAGGGCAGUUCACAACAGAAAAAUACAAAAUAGCAAUACAAAAUACAUAAUAAAACAAAAAGAAACCAAUAACCCGCUUCCCACAAACACAUUUUUAAAAGCCAUAGACAGUUAAUCAGCAAAACACCUUGUUGAAGAGAAACAUUUUCGCCCAGCGCCCGAAGGUGUAUAAUGAAGGUGCCAGGCAAGUUUCCCUGGGGAGAGCAUUUCACAAAUGGGGACCCACCACAGAAUAGGCCCAUUCUUGUGUUGCCAUCCCCAUGACUUCUAGUGGGGGAGGGACAUGAAGAAGGAUCUCAGAUGAUAAUUGCAGAGUCCAGGUUGGUUCAUAUGGGGAGAGAAGUUAAGUGGGCUCUUUCAUUUCCUGCCUCCCAACACUCGGCAUUCUGUGGCGACUUACACUCAGUGCUCAUUGGAUUGUUUUUGCGGUUCCCCCUCCUUGCUCAAUAUUUGUACUUUUAGCAAACCUUCAAGUUGUUACAGGCCUAUAAUGAUACCUCUCGCAUGUUUGUGGAUGGCACUGUUUUGGCUCCAUAAGUGUCAGUACACUUUCUCAACAUUGAAAAUUGCACUUUCUCCAUCAUUCUCUAACCACCCCAUCUGCCCUGGUUCUCUUGAUUGCAUUAGCUGAUCUGCUGUACAGUCAAACCUUGGCUCCCAAACGGUUCCGUUUUCAAAUGAUUUGGUUCCCGAAAACCCGGAAGUAAAUGCUCCAGUUUUCAAACAUUUUUUGGAAGUCGAACGCCUGGCGCAGCUUACGCUUGAGUGCAGGAAGUUCCUGCAGCCAAUCGGAAGCUGCAAGUUGGUUGUUGAAUAUUUCAAAAGCUGAACGGGCUUCCGGAAUGGAUUAUGUUCGACAACCGAGGUUUGACUGUACUGUCAAAAUGGUGCUAGACAGCCUUUGUCCAGUGGCUGAGUGUUAAUAGGGACCUGGAACACUUUAGAACGGGGGGGGGGGGGCUAACCUGUGGCCAUCGAGAGGUUAUGCUGAACUACUGUUCCCAUCAGCUUCAGCAGACAUAGCCAAUGGUCAGGGUUGAUGAGAGUUGUUGUUCAGCAUAACAUCCAGAGUGCCACAGAUUAGCCACCACUGCUUUAGAAUUUGCUUGUGGACCUAGAAAUUCAGUGUUUGUUGAACUUGAGACACCUCAUCAUCCCAUACAUUAGUAACGUACACUGACUGAACAGAUACUGUAUGUAUGUGAUUACUGGGCUUCCAGCAACUUAAUUAAAUCAUGAGCUAGCAAAAAAGUUGUAACUUAAACCCAAACAUUUAAAAGCUUAUGAGCCUAUGGUAUUAAUGAAAGUACUGUAUACUUAGAAUGGUGUAUGAUUCUUCUUCGACAGCAGGGGUUUUUUUACAGGUGGUGAUCAAAGGCACUGUAUGUGCCUCAUCUGUUUCAUUACAUAUUCUUUAUACUUUGUAGUCAUCACUGCUUGAAAUAGCCUCCGCACAGUGAUUAUUCCACACGGUGACUACUCCACACAGCAACUUCAAUGUGUGGAGCAGUUUUGCUAUUGCUCUGUUCAGUUGACGCUCCUGUAACAUGUGGCUGUGGCAUGGACAUUCUCCAUGCCAUUGAGCCAUCUAUGUGUCAAACUGUCAUAGUGUUCAUACUUUAUAAAACUUUAGUGUAGAUUCAGGUACAUUUAUCCUCGUGAUAACUAAUAACUAUAUAGUCAGUUAACUGUAUUAUUAUUUAGUCAGUUAGCUGUAUUAUUCUUGAAAAUAGAAAAAUCUACAUGGCGGUUACUCUUUGAGAUAAUCUAGCAUUAUUUACCAGAUAAACUUUGUUUCAUAUAAUUAAUAGUCAAUGAUUCUUCAGUAAACACAGUAUUCUGCCAACUGUCUCUUAAGACCAUUUGGGGUGUGUAAUAAGAAAAGCCUAUCAGAUGCCAGUAGAAAAAUUGGCAAUGAAUAUCUUUCCUGUCUUGCCAAGGAGACAUUCUCCCGCUCCCAAGUGUAAAUAAAACACUACUGGUACAAAGAGCUGACAUACAGCCUUUCAUAUCUUUUUUGCAAAAGAUAAUGUAGAAAAAAUAAUUUGUAUUUUUGUGCCAGUAAGGUGCAUUCCUCUGUUUUUUGUUUGACAGUAAGCCCCAUUGAACACAGAGAUUACGAGUUUUCCAGUAAAUACAGGAUUUGGCUGUAUGAGUUGUAUCCAGCUACUCAGAGUAGACUCAUUGAAAUUUAUGCAUCUUAAUGAGUCAUCGUCAUCAAUUUCAACAUAUCUACUCUGAGUAGGACCUAGUUGGAAACAGCCCUCUGCCCCACUGAAUUACUUCUGAGGAAACCUGUGUAAGAUUAAUCUCCAUGGCUAUGUACUUACAUAGACGUAAAUUCUAUAGAAAUCAGAAAUCAAUUUCACUUUCACAAAUACACAGUAGAUGUGUAUAUUGAUAAUUACAAAGGGUAUAUAAUUCUUAUGAUAAUAUAUUAUCACAGAGUUUGUUCAUGAUUUGGGUGUAUAAGGCAUGAACAUGGUUUUGAAAUACAGAGCAUGUUGAAUAAGCAGCGCAUAUUGCUUGGUGUGCUAAAUUUGAGCAAACUUGUUAGUAAGAAGAGCAUUUCAGCACAUGCAUUUUACAUAUGAAGAUCUUAUUGGUUCAUGAUGUCUGGUUUUUAGCACUCUCAGGAUAGACCUAAUUUUUUUUUUUAAUGCCUACUAUUUUCUAAAAUGUAAGUGGGACCUGCAGUUAGAUGUUGCAGUAUAUCCUGAUCCAUAUCAAAUGUUUCUGUUCAGUACUUCAGACAGCAAACCUCUAGGAGGUGAUAAGCUUUUAAGCCAAUUCCCUCCCACCCCCCAAGUAACACUCUUCUUGAACUGAACUCACCAAGCUAUAGCUCUUGGAGACCACUAGAUCUACAUUAGGAGUUGGUUGUUUUUUUUAGUAUUUACUUUUUCACUUCUGCGCGGCAAGGGAGUCCCCUAAUAAUUUAGAAACCACUACCUUAUUUGUGGGUGGCCCAGUUUUAUUUUCAAAUAGUUAGGUGCUCAGUCUGCUGAGUAUACUCUCAGUAUCUAUAUGUAUUGAUGACAUUUUUGAAUGACUGAGUGUGUCUUGAAUGACUGAGUGUGUAUUUAUGUGUCUUGAGUUCUUUUAUACCAAAGUGUUUUGUGAUCCACCGAAGUAUGCUAAAAUAAAAUAUUCUAAGGUAAUAUUCUAAGAAAAUUUGUGCAGAUGCUGCAAAAAAUAUACAUUGCAAAAGCUGUGUAAUGAUAACCUCCUAUAAAGAAGACGGUUGCUGUAAAACCAUUCUUGUCCUCACUGGAAGAAGUAAAACCUUUUGAAUACUUGACGUAAGAAUUAAUAUCACCAGAUCUCACUUUGAGACUGAGAACAGUACAAAAUUGCGAAGUUGCAAGCACAGUUCCUCUGAGGACAAUGAAAGGGUUAAGCAAGGGUCUGUCUGAAUAAUAUUUCUUCCUGAUCAUCUUUUAAAGCGGUUAACCUUUUAUUUUGAGAGAGAGAGAGAGAGAUUCCCCCCCUUUUUUUUCUGGCGCUUCUUUUCUUUAACUCCCUAGCAUUGGAGGUGGUGGGUGGGGUAAGGGCGGGGGGGGGAUUGGCAAUCUCGGUCUUCAUUCAUGCUUUUGACAGAUAAUAAAGCCCCGCUCUGGGAGUGCGCGGCGCCUCUUUCGACGAGGAAGUCGCCGUGCGCCGCAUCCCAUUGGUGCGCCGGAGCGGAGCGAUUUAAAUAUUAAAUGAGACCUUUUAAGGCAAGAUCGGCGGAUGACAUUUGCGAGAGGAAGGUGUCCGCGACAGCGCUGGGGGCGGGAGAUGAGUUACAUAGAUGGGGUUAGUUUCCUGCUUGUUUCCUACUCAGCCUCCGUCCCUGUGCUUGACGUUGAAAACUUUUAAGGUGGGAGGGAGCCCAGAGGGAGGUGUCGGCGUUAAGGUAGCCUCGAGAGGGGACGGGCUCCCGGGAGCGCCUAAAAAGAAGAGUGCGGGGUUGAGCAGUGUGUGUCAUGAGAGGAGAUUCGGUGGGUUACGCGUUUGUGGAAACUAGACUCAAUCGGGCGGUGCGGGGACGGCGAGUGGGGGGGAGAGCUGCCUCCCGGGCUUCCUGGCUGUGUGGGAAAGGGCCCCUGUGCCUUUAAGAGCCUGCCUCUGCUUAAGGGGGAAGCGGCGGGGCGGGGGCCCGACUGGGAUAAUAUGCGCGGAGCUUUGCGAGACUCCUAAAAUUAACCGACUUCCUUUCACUGAAGUUUCUGGAGUUCGCGGGGCCGCGCGGUCCAGCUCUAGGCCGCUUCCAUGGCGCCCUCGGAACCGGCGCCCCGCGGGUCUCGCAUUGGGCUGCUGGAAGGAAGCGCCUCGCGAUCCCGGCUGUCUCCUCGGGAUCCCCGAUGACGGCGAUCGUGCUGGUCGUCGCCUUUUCCACAAUAGCUGCAGCGGGGGAAAGGGGAAAAAAAAGAAAAGCCCAUUGGUUCGCUUCCCCGGGCCGAUGAUUAUGAACCUGCAGCGGCGGGUUAAUGGGAAACUGGAAACAAAGGCGGCGCGAGGCCUCUUGCUGGUGCCGCUUCUGCCCCUACCAGCCUUGCGCCCGUAGCGGCAGCCCCGGUUCCGCCUGGCGAGAGGGGAAUUCUGCCGGAGCUUCCUUAAGCGGCGGCGCCACCUUAAAGAGCCUGAUGACUUUUCUCGUUACAUUGUAGCAGCGGAAAGAAUGUCGGCGCGGGCCGUGGCUGA